UCCUCAUGGCGGCGGCGGCUCCUUGGGCAAGGCGUGGUGGUGACUGAGCUGCGAACCUGGCGGGCGUGUGCCGAGCCCCGGUCCGGUCUCCGCGUGCCCCACCCCGGGCUUCGCACCCCUGAUGCUGCGCGGGUGCUGAGCCCGCCCCGGCCGGGACGAUGGUGAAGUAUUUCCUGGGCCAGAGCGUGCUCCGGAGUUCCUGGGACCAAGUGUUCGCUGCCUUCUGGCAGCGGUACCCGAAUCCCUAUAGCAAACAUGUCUUGACGGAAGACAUAGUGCACCGGGAGGUGACCCCUGACCAGAAACUCCUGUCCCGGCGUCUCCUGACCAAGACCAACAGGAUGCCCCGCUGGGCCGAGCGACUGUUUCCUGCCAAUGUCGCUCACUCGGUGUACAUCCUGGAGGAUUCUGUUGUGGACCCGCAGAACCAGACCAUGACCACCUUCACCUGGAACAUCAACCACGCCCGGCUGAUGGUGGUGGAGGAACGAUGUGUUUACUGUGUGAACUCUGAUAACAGCGGCUGGACCGAAAUCCGCCGGGAAGCCUGGGUCUCCUCUAGCUUAUUUGGUGUCUCCAGAGCUGUCCAGGAGUUUGGUCUUGCCCGGUUCAAAAGCAAUGUGACCAAGACUAUGAAGGGCUUUGAGUACAUCUUGGCCAAGCUGCAGGGUGAGGCCCCUUCCAAAACCCUCGUUGAGACAGCCAAGGAAGCCAAGGAGAAGGCAAAGGAGACGGCACUGGCAGCUACAGAGAAGGCCAAGGACCUUGCCAGCAAGGCAGCCACCAAGCAGCAGCAGCAGCAGCAGCACUUCGUGUAGCUAGCCCAGGCCCGGUGUGGUAGGACACCUGACCACCCGGCUCAAGUCCCUCUGCCUGUCCCCCUUGUACUUUAUUAUUAAAGUCAACUUCCAGCC